GGAGUGUGUUUGAGUGCGUGUUCAGGAGAAGACCUGAGAUCGUACGCUCCUGUGUUUUGGGGGAGCGCACUGCAGAAGAAAGGACUCGCCAUGAUUUGAGAAAUCUAAGGAAAUCUCUCCAGGCUUUCGCUGCAAAAUACAGUUUGGACUACUCUGGAUAUGUGACCUGCUCAUGAAAUCCGGUUUACUUUCCAAAUCUGUGCAUCAAUUCAAAAAAGAAAAAACUCAUUCACUUUAAUAUCUGGUAAAUUGGAGCCUAACCACAAUGCCUACCGACGAUUACAACUACCUGCCUGAUGCGUUGCCUCCUCUUCCUGAAGUCCCGGACUCCGGCUCAGUCCUGAGCUCCGUUGACUUCCCGGCCCGCUGCCUGCGUAACCCGGCCUUCCGCUACACCUCCUCGCGCUACUGCUCCGCCCUCAGCAUGGACUCCUCUCCCGACAGCGCCGAAAGGCCGAUCAGCUACAGCUCCACCUCUUCCUCAGCAUCCUCCCGGGACAGCCACUGCUCGCUGGGCAGCCGCUCCACCCUCGUCCCCGCCCCUCACUGCAGCCCGGUGAACCCGGACCGGGACUCCGGGGCGAUUCGGUUGGAACUGGUCCCCACCCGGCAGCUGGGAUGCCAGGAGGAAGAUGACGGCAACGACGGACGAGUGGACACAGGGAGGCAGAGCGGUGGACAGACUCUGACAGAACAUUCAGAGCCUGAAGUUGGUCCAGAUGGACCAGGGGAACGGACUGGUCCGGUGCAGGGACCCAGGACGUAUGUGGACCGGGUGGUGCAGGAGAUACUGGACACGGAGAGAACAUAUGUCCAGGACCUGCGCAGCAUUGUAGAGGACUACUUGGAGUGUAUUAGUAAUCAGUCUCGGCUGGCCUUGAGCUCUGAGGAUAAAGGUUCCCUCUUCGGCAACAUCCAGGACAUCUACCACUUCAACAGGGAUCUUCUUCAUGAUCUUGAGAAGUGCAACGCCGACCCUGUCGCCAUCGCAGAGUGCUUCGUAUCCAAGAGUGAAGAAUUCCACAUUUAUACUCAGUACUGCACCAACUACCCACGGUCGGUGGCUGUGCUGACGGAGUGCAUGAGGAACAAGGCGUUGGCCAAGUUUUUCCGCGAGCGCCAGGAAUCUCUGCGGCACUCCCUGCCCCUGGGCUCCUACCUACUCAAGCCAGUGCAGAGGAUCCUCAAGUACCACCUACUGCUGCACGAGAUAGCCAACCGCAUGGAGAAGGACACAGAGACCUACGAGGUGGUGCAGGAGGCCAUAGACACCAUGCAGAGAGUGGCCUGGCACAUCAACGACAUGAAGAGGAAACAUGAGCAUGCGGUUCGGUUGCAGGAGAUCCAGAGCCUGCUGACCAACUGGAAGGGCCCCGAUCUUAUCGGCUAUGGAGAGUUGGUUCUUGAAGGAACAUUUCGUCUGCAGCGAGCCAAAAACGAGAGAACUCUCUUUCUGUUUGACAAGCUCCUGCUCAUUACCAAGAAACGAGAAGAAACCUACACGUACAAGGCUCACAUACUGUGCUGUAACCUGAUGCUGGUGGAAGUUAUUCUGAAAGAACCACUGAGCUUCAGCGUGUUUCACUACAAGAAUCCCAAACUUCAGCACAUGGUCCAGGCCAAAUCACAGCAAGAUAAGCGCAUGUGGAUCUUGCACCUGAAGAGACUCAUACUUGAAAACCAUCCGGCCAAAAUCCCUGCCAAGGCUAAGCAAGCAAUUUUGGAGAUGGAUGCAAUGCAUCAUCCAGGGUUUCACUACAGCCCUGAUGGAGACAAGAAAGAUUCCCAUCAGACCAAGGAGGGUCCAACUCCUCGUAGAGGACGUAGGAAAGAACCUCUAUCUAAAUUAUUGAAGAAUGCCAAACAGAAUGCUGCCAACACAGAUGGCGAAAAGCGAAUAAGUCUGGGUGCCACCCUGCUCUCGCCAAUGUCCCAGCUGGCCUUGGGCACCAUUGGUCGCAGCCGCAGCCUCAUCAACCAAUCACAGGAGUCACUGGACCCUGGAGAUCACUAUGACCACAGUGACCGAGAAGAAGAGCCACAUCAGCAAGAUGCUGAUGAUGAAGAUGACAGUGGCCUGGGGGGCGGAAAGCGGCUUCGCGUCCUUGGCAAAAGCAGUAGGAAGAGGCUGAACCCUCAGGCAUCGGUCGACAGUAUAGAACAGUGGAAAUCCUUCAACAUGAGCUCUUCAGACCUACAGAAAGCCAGAGAAUCCCUCGUGAGGGAAGGAAGUCAACACCCGCCGCUUCUCAGGACACGUCACGUAACAGAGGAGCCUCCAGAGACCGCCAUACCCUCUGUGGUCGUCACAGAGAGUGACCGUUCUGUGAGGAACAUCUGGGCCGACCACCGUGCUCGCAGGGCCAUGUUCCCCACCCGCCAGAGAACCAUGCAGCCGGAGGAUGAGGACGAGGACAUCUACCAGAUGUUUGUACCAACGGAGCCAAGCGGACCGGAACCAGAGGUGCCCUCGGAGAGGUCAGGGGCCACCUCGUCCCCCAAGACAGCUCGGCCCUGCAGCUGGCACGUCGAACAGCUGCCCACUGUGCAGAUCGACCCUCCGCCUGAUGGGAGCAGAGUCCUGCGGCGGGCGAGCAGUGCAGGGGAGAAGGCUACAGAGGGACAGAGCCCUGAGAAUGACGAGGCCGCUCACAGCAACUUGGAGGUGAUCCACACUGAAUCCUCCAGCAAUGAAAUAUCUGGAUCAUCCUCAGCCGAGCAGCUGACGCUAGACGAUGUUGAAAAUGUGUAUGACAACAUCAGCUAUGAGGACCUUAAGAAUAUGGGCCUCGUCAGAAGAGGCCCUGAGGAAAGCCAGUCACGAAAAGAACCUUCUGCAGAUGCACAGGGUCUCCAGGGCCAGGCAGCAAGGGUACUAAAUGCUCCAGAGGCUUCUGUGGAAACACAGCCUCUGCUUGAACCAGACAUUUCCUCAGACAGCAAUCGGUCCUCCACACAGGAGGCGAGGCCAUUUGGGACAUGUGAGCUUAAGAUAGUAGAGGAGAACGUCUAUGACACCAUCUGUUUCAGGGAGCCUCCAUCAACAGAGCUUAGAACAAUGAAUGAAUGCGAUAAACUAAAACCAGAGAGUGACAGUCUGCUGGCCUCUGAACAAGACUUGACCGACAGCAUUGGAGGGUUUGUAUCCGAGGAGAGUCUCCACUUUGGAGAGGACGAAGGACCAGACGCCUCCCAUCCUGUCCCAUGUUCCUCUGAGCCAGAUUAUUACUCCUCGUCUGCCUCCGAGACUUUCUCUCAGCGUUCACAGAAAGGGGAUAAGAUGUCAGAGCAAGUCGAUGAGAUCUGGAACGACCUGGAAAACUACAUCAAGACCAAUGAGAAGAAAGCCGAUCGCCUCCCAGCUGCCUUCCCUGUCAGUGCCAGUGAGUCGGCUCAGAAAGCGUCCUCGGUCAAAGUCAGCCGUGCAAAGAGCCCGCCUGUAAUUAGUCCUCGAGCAGCCAGCCCUCCAACUCCCAGUCCCCCCACACAUCAGCCUAAACCCCCACCUGUCACCUCCAUGCCGUCAUUCACCAUCCCAGUCAUAAACUUCCCUGAACCUCAAAGUGAAGGCACCACUGCGGAAGAAACCCGGAGCCCUGCUGCGACACCACGCCCCCUCCCUGACACCCCAGAGCCCCUCCCCGGCACAGUGAAGAGCAUCCGUAACAGACUGGCACGCCUCAGCAGCGGCAGCUUCCGCCUGGAGGACGACGACCUGGUGGAGCUCCCUCCACGAAACACCCAUCGGAAGGAUCUUCCCCUCAAGGACCUUCAGAGGUUGUUUCCGGGGGAGUUGGCAGGUAUGGACUCCCCCCUGGCCUCCUCCUCUCUGCUGUUGGGGGAGUCUGUGGACUUGGAAAUGAUGGAGAAAUCAAAGAACCGUGUUUUCCUGAUGGCACGACAGUACAGCCAGAAGAUCAAGAAAGCCAACCAGCUGCUGCGCAUGAGGAGCAUGGACCCUGGAGACGCGUGCGGUCGCUCCAGAACGGAAAAGAAGCAGAAGGACCUGGCAGCCAUCUUGGAAGAAAAGAAACAAGGGGGCACUGCCAUAGGUGCAAAGAUAGCCGAGUACUCUCAUCUCUAUGACCAGGUAAUGUUUCGGGGUCCUCCAGCGGGCCCACAUCACAGCCACCCAGGGCUGCCGUCUUCUCCGUCCAUGCCCGAGACGUCCCUGGAGGAGGACUGGCUCCACUCCACGUACAGCAACGGAGAGCUGGCCAGCUUCAUGUCCUCGUCCAGUGAGCCGGAUGAUGGCCGAGCGUCUUCUACCCCGCGGCGCCGACUUACCUCUGCCUGCUCCAUCCCUUCUCCCAAGACCUCCCCCCCAUCUCCAACUAGCCCACCGUCCCAGAGAUGGAGCUCGUGCAUUUCGGCGCCGAGCGAAAAAGAGGAGCACGUGUACAGUUCCAUUAAGAGACAUCCCUCCUUUCACGCUUCGUCUUCUCCCUCCUUAAAGUCUUCCCCAUCCAGUCACUGUCACUCACUUGGCUCCCUGGGCAGCCAGCAGCAGGGCAAGAACCCGACUGGACUGAGAUGUAACACACCCACAGACAGACUUCAUGGCCCCAGUCUGGGUCGCGCUGGUCGGCAAAGGAGUCUCCCAGAGCGCUCGACCCAGGGACAGUCGGACCUCACUUUACAUGACGGUCAACAGGUGUUGGUCCUGAACCGGGCUUCUGCUCUGAGUGUACUCACCGCCACCCAGAAUUACCUGGCUAACUUUAAGGACGAUGGGGAAGAUGAUGAUGACUAUGUAGAGAUCCGAUCUGAGGACGAGAGCGAGCAGGAGCAGGACAAGUUGGCAAGGCGACACGGUAGCUCGGCAGUCCUAUCCAAUCAGAACCGGAGUCCCGCCCACUCCCACAGUCUGCCGUGCACGCCGGUGCACUCCUGCGACCCGCUGAGGUCUCUGGACCGCGAGCAUCUGGAGAAGUACCUGUGGAGCGAGCCGCAGCAGAGCCAAACCAAAAUCGGCCAGUCUUUGAGGGAGAAGUUCCAGUGUCUGAGCUCCAGUAGCUUUGCCUGAGUCUUUAACGAAUACAAUCCAAAUAUAGGUAAACAUACAGCGUAUAGCAACAAACGGACCCGGCUGCUUUGCCUUGAAUGCCAUCAUUCAACAUCUCACUCCACAAACGUGACGCAUCUCUCGUAGUUCAGGAGUACUUUCUUUGGUUGCAGCCCUAUUUGUAACAAUUUCGGUGAAACUCACUGUCACAGAACUUCAAUGUAAAUGAUAGUUUUGCAGUUAUUCGUCAAAAGCCUGCAGGUGAGCUGCCUGAGCACUUAAAACUUCAGCAGUCAAAGCAAAAGUGUGCUCAGUCAUUUGUAACGGCAUUCAGUGUGACUGAAUGGGUUUUAAUAUUCAAAGAAAUUCUAACUCUUGUCAUGCUUUACGUGUGCGCCUUGUAGAGAUAAUUGGAGUCAUAAUAUUGGAUUCUGCUUGAGGACUUUGUGCCAAUAAACUGUUGUACAGUUACAGUAGUUCAGGAUUAUCUGUUACCAAUUCUAUAUUAAAAUAAAAUCGUGCAUGUGCCCACCGACUCAAACCGAAGUACAAGCUGCAACAGUCUGAUGAUCUUUGGCGGAGUACCUCUUUCUUUUAAUUUGCUGUUAAGGAUUUUUUAUCUGCUUUCUCAGCACUAGUUGAUUAUAACUCGUGUAGGAGCUGUGAGCCACAGCCGUGGCGAGUGUUUUCCAUUGUGCUUACACAUCGAAAUGCUCUGAACAAGCAGCUUUACAAAGUUGCAGUUCAAAUUUGCUACUCAGGCUAGAUUGUCCCUUUUAACAGCUUUUAGCAAUAAUUGUUACAAAAAGGAUGCAGCUGUAAAAAAAAACUUGUUUGUAGUAUCCAAUAGGUUAAGUACAGUAUAACUACCCUUAAAGUUUUAGGAUUACACUCUACCUGCCACCUUGGUCAUCAAUAGGGUAUCACGCUUUUAAAUCAAGAGAAGAUGCGGAUAUUUUAGAUAAUCUAUAAGAAACCGUAGAACGUCAUUUUUAUUUUGUCUUUGCUAUUAAAUUGGAUGUGUUUACGUGUUAUGGUCUGGAGGCAUCCAUCAUGUAAAAUGUGCAUCUCAAAAAGUGGAUUCCUUAUUAUUUUCAAAUCACACAUGUUUUAACUUUUUUUUUUUUUAAAGGGGACCAUGAAGGAGAACAAAGAACACAAUGAGUGAAAAUACUACAGUGUUUGAUGUAUUUUGUUUUUCUCUCAAAUGGGAUAGUCUGUUUUUACCUUGUUAACGUUGGGACUCUCCCAGCUGUCACACUACUGAUUUUGCAUCUUCAGUCACGGAAAGAAAGUCACAAUGAGAUAGUUGUCAAUCACUUUAAUAAUGUUCAUAAGACACCAUUUUUUUCUCUUCCAUAAUUCACCACGCACUCUUUAAAAAACACACAAAAGUUGUCCUAUUUAUUUGAAAGCAUCCCUGUUACUUUGGCCUUUAUCCCUAUUCAAGCCACCGACAAGUUGUAAAAUAAAGUAUUUAUUAAAAGAUGGUUUUAUUCAGAUUUAGGGGCAGAUGAAAUUUGAAUAAAAUACUGUGAAUAGUUUCAGAAGUUUUCUAUCACGCACUGCUUAACAUGACAAAUCACAACAUGUGAAAAGUUAAAAAGCACAAGAUCAUGGCCUAAUGUUAAUACCAGGAAAUAUGCAUCAAAGGAAAGUUAGGAAUAUGAAGAAUAUGUUGUUGUUUUUUCAUUGUACAUUUUGUCCCGUUUCACUGGUGGGGAUUGUCUGUCUUUGACUCUUUUUUUGCACUUUUCUGUCAUUUUUUACAUUUUAUUUGUAAACACUUUGUAAAGAUGUACAUUUUAGGAAAGUUAUUCUUGUAUGCAAUAGGUGUGCUUUAUAAUGGUUUAAUGUUUAAGUUAAGUACUGUAUUUUUUUAACUGCCUAGUUUUCAUUGCUCAACAAAACAAUGUCUUGGAGGUAAUAAAUUCAGAUUAAACUCA